AUGUGCUGCAGCGCCUCCUCCACUGUUAUUCGCUGCUGCCAGCAAGGAGUCAGCAUGCGGCAGAUGAGGUCUUUGGCGCUGCUGCUCACGGGCCGCCACAGCGGCCCCUCGAAGCUCAAAGGGGUUUACCUGGUGGAAGUGGGGGGACCCCAAGUGCUUGUUGAUGGGAAAAGGCAGCCGCCCCCGCAGCAGCAAAUAAGUUAUGACACCAAUGGACCACAAGGUUUAGCGUUCGGCGUUCGCGCGCCAGCCGCACUGCGCAGCUGCAGCAGCAGCAGCCCGAUCACCAGCAGCAGCAGCAAGAGUGCCACUGGCAGCAGCAAGCGCAGCAGCAACGUCACCAGUAGCAGCAGCAAGACCAGCAGCAGCAGCAGAUCACCAGCGCCAGCAUCAGCAGCAAGAUCCUCAGCAGCAGCAAACCACCAGCACCAGCAUCAGCAGCAACAUCCUCGUCAGCAGCAAGACCAGCAGCCCCAGCAGCAGCAGCAGCAGCAGCAGCAGCAGCAGCAGCAGCAGCAGCAGGAUCCCCAUCCCCAUCCCCAUCCCCCGCAGCAGCAGCAGCAGCAGGAUCCCCAUCCCCAUCCCCAUCCCCAUCGCCCGCAGCAGCAGCAGCAGCAGCAGCAGCAGCAGCAGCAGCAGCAGCAGCAGGAGGCUGACGCGAGCGUGCCGCAGGGCUGGUGGAGGACUUCGUUGGGCCCGCAGAGAGUGGAAAGUAGUACACUGUCGACAGCAGCUGCGACACGAUCCUGCAGCAGCACCCACGCUCCCGCUGCUGCUGCUGCUGCUGCUGCUGCUGCUGCUGCUGCUGCUGCGGCGGCGGCGGCGGGGGUGCAGGAGGGGCAGCAGCAAGAGCAGCAGCAGCCGCUCGCCCGCUCGCCAAGCACCGAAAGCAGCAACGCCAAAACAGCCAACACCCCACAAAACACUAACACCAGCAGCAGCAGCAGCAGCAGCAGCUGCAGCAGCAGCAGCAGCAGCAGCGGACCUGUUGACGUGGACUUCUGGGAGCAAGGAGACACCAACACGCCGCCCACAAUCAGCAGCAGCAGCAGCAGCAGCAGCAGCAGCAGCAGCAGCAGCGGCAGCAGCAGCAGUCCUGGUCGCAGCAGCACCCGCAGCAGCAAAGCCUCAACACCAAAGCAGCAGCCCCGGCGCAGCAGCAAACCCGCACCAGCCGAACCCCCAGCCGCAACCCCGCAGCAGCAGCCGCAGCAGCAGCAGCAGCAGCAGCAGCAGCAGCAGCAGCAGCAGCAGCAGCAGGCUCGCCUUGAGGCGGAUGACGUUGGGGUGGUUGAGGAGCCUGAGAAUGACCAUUUCGCUGCGGAGAAGUUCUCUUUCGUGGCGAUUUAUUUUUCCUUUUUCAAUUACUUUUAUUGCCACUUGUUCUUUUGUCUUUUUGUGCACUCCCCG